AUGAAGCUUCAUACUCAAGAUUACUAAUCUAUCAAAUGCAUCUGGAUUCUUUAUAGACACCACAGAUGUGCUGCACUGAUCUUCGAGCGAGGAAUGAGUGUGUGAGGCGUUACUACAGUGUCCAAACCACCAGAGACAUAGAGAGGGAUAUUCCCUUCUGCUGAAGGUGUUUGAGCUCUGCUCCUGAGGCGUGAAGAUGCUGCAGCAGAUAUUGGCUGACAUGUACAUCGAGCCGGAGCUGCUGACCGAGCUGAAUGAGGAACAGAAACAGAUUCUGUUCUUUAAGAUGAGAGAAGAACAGAUCCGGAGAUGGAGAGAGAGAGAGACGCAGCUGGAGGAGGAGGAAGCUGCACAUGUUAAAGUCAAAAAAGUUUCGGGAAAGACUGUGUCGUGGAUGAAGGGUCUGGAUGACGAUGUGUGGGUUUGGGUGAUGGGAGAACAUCCUGAAGACAAACCCUACGAUCAGAUCUGUGACGGGGUCAUGGCCGAGAGAGCAGCCCUGCAGGCCCAGAGAGAGGCCGAGAAGCUCAGGGCUAAGAAAGAGGCUGAGCUGGAGAAGCGCUUUUCUGGCCUGUAUCUCGAAACGGAGCAGGUUGUGUUGUCAGAGCAGGAGGUCCAGGAGGAGGAACUCAAGAAACUGGAGUUGGAGGAGAGGCGUAAGGCUGAGGAGGAGCUGAGGAGGCUGGAGCAGGAGAGGAAACAGCAGAUUUAUAUCAGCCUGAAGGAGGUGCAGGGCAGUAAACACACUCGUGAGGAGGAGGACCAGGAGUGGCAGAAGACAUUGCAGAAGUCAAAAGCUGCAGACGUGCGCAGACGAUCUCUGGCCAAGCAGACUAUCGAGGACCACCGCAGGCGCUCAGUUAAAGCUCUGGAAAGAGGACGUGUAGCAGCCAUGACAAAGGCCUUCGGCAGCACGAAUCCAGCCCCUGCACCCAAACCCAGAAACACCAGCAACACCAGCAGUGCUAUCAGCCGGAAGGGUGGCAUGCGGCGCUCGCUGUCAGCGUCUAGUCGAGAUCAUAUUAUUCGCUGGUUCAAGGAGGAACAGCUGCCGCUCCGAGCCGGAUUCCAGCGCGACCAGAGCCGCAUCGCACCCUGGUUUCACGGUAUAAUAUCUCGUGAACAGGCAGAGGCGCUGCUGAACGAGGGCGAGCCUGGGUUCUUCCUGGUGCGUGUCAGCGAGAGGAUCUUUGGAUAUGUGCUUUCCUACCGAUCCAGUGAGGGAAUCAAGCACCUGCUGAUCGAUGCUUCAGAGAACUGCUACAUGCUGCUGGGAGACCAGAUCAGAUUCAGCUCGCUCACUGAACUGCUGGAAUAUCAUCAGGUAAAUGUGCUAUACGUCACGCACUGGUCCUGGGGAAACGGGUUCAUCUGGGCCAGAAGAAUCCCAAAGCGGUUCUGCAUUUUAUUUCUUCAGGUGCACACAUAAAAAUAAAAAAAACUUUGUAAGUGUUGUCUUUAGUAGUAGAUCUUGGCAUAGGCACGGGACAGCUCUGAAACGCACACUUUUUUCCCAUUUUAAUAUUCUAUUUUUUCUUUACAGAUUAUAUUAGCAUCGUAAAUGAUUGAAAAUGAACGUUUUUUGCUUUAUUGACAGCAGCACUCAAAAUGGCCUGGUUGGACUGUAAUAGACUCAUAUUUGAAAUGUACUUGUAAUUUUAGUACAUAACAUAACACAGUAGUUAUGCAGUCUGAACAGUAU